CGGACAACGAAUUGCAUAAAUUUUUGGUGGACAGUUUAAAAUAAAAAAAUAAAAGAAUGCUAGCUAAUGAAGAAAGUCCUAUUAGCAGCAAAACAGUUACAGUAUGGACGGAAGGCGAAACGAGACUUCUGCUGGAUAAAUACGCCUCCUAUUUGCCGGACAUUGGUCCCUUCAAGCAGUUAAAGACAAAAAAGGACAUGUGGAUGAAAAUUGGCGCAGAGUUCGAUGGGAAAAGUUGGAAGCGGUGUGAAGAAAGGUAUAAGACCAUCAUGAAACGUAAAAAAGUGGCGGUGGAAAAUAACAGCACCUCAGGUGCAAAACGCCAAAAGCUACAGUUUGAAGAAGAGCUCGAAAAAAUAUGCAAAAAAGAUGAUUCCAUUGAGCCGGCAGUAAAAAUAAGUAGCCAAUGUAUGAUAAAAAAAGAGGUCGCAGCAAAAGAAAAGCAAAGAAAAGCAAAGAAAGAGGAAAACGCUGCAAGAAACUAUGUUAGAAAUUGCUGCUAGGAAGGAGGAAGCCAGAGAGAAGCGACACAAAAAAAGAAUGGAGAAAGCUGCAAGAAUCGAAAGCCUUUUGGA